CUUCGUUAGAGGGCCGUUAUGCAGAAUUAACAUUCAUGUCGUGCAGAAGCGGAGCCAGCGUUUGGGGUGCACUGGAAGUCUGCAUUUAUUUAAAGCGGUCGAUCAAGACUGUCUGCCGAGGUAACGGAGGACUUAUUGCGUUAUGAAGAGGACAGCUAACGUGUUGAACGGGCUCGUGUAGCGCGAGAAAGCGGAAGAAAAAGGGCGCAUUUCUAAACUGCGCUUUCUAAAUGCGUCUUCUUAUCGAGCAGCCAAGAACAAUGAGCAGUGGCUCUAGCAACUUUUUGCUAGUUCCUAUACCGGAGUACCCUGUAAUAGACUGCGUGCCUAACAAAAACGUCAAAAUAGUUGUUCUUGGGGCAAACAAUGUCGGAAAAACAGCUCUGAUUGUAAGAUUUCUUACUAAGAGAUUCAUUGGAGACUAUGAAGCCAACACAGGAGCCUUAUAUUCAAGGAAGAUUAACUUGGAUGGGGAGCAAGUUUCUUUACAAGUGCAGGACACUCCAUGUGUCUCAUUGCAGGAUGAUGCAGAGGGUCUUUACUGUCAGGAGCAGAUCAACCGCUCAAUUUACUGGGCAGAUGGUUAUGUGCUGGUCUUCUCCAUCACUGACCUCAACAGCUACCGUACCAUCCAGCCUCUCUACCAACACGUGCGCCGAAUCCAUCCCAGCGGCAACAUCCCCGUCAUCAUCGUGGGAAACAAGAGCGACCUGCUGCGCGCCCGGCAGGUCCCGGAUCAUGAGGGUAAGGCGCUGGCUGAUGAAUUGGGAGGGCCCUACUUUGAGGCUUCGGCCAGGGAGAACCAUGAGAGCGUCCAGGCUGCUUUUCUGCACUUAUGUCAGGAGAUGAGCCGAGCUCUGGGAGGAGGAAAUGGGGAGAAGAGAAAAGGUGGAUUACACCUUGCCAGGCCAAAAAGCCCGAACAUGCAAGAGUUGAAGAGAAGGUUCCGACAAGUGCUGUCAUCCAAGGUCAAGUCAGCUACGGCCCUAUGAUGAUGAAAUGAUUGACAAAUGUGACCGUGGAGAAUUUAGAAAGUGUUGUUGACAACAUGCUGUUGCUUAAGUGAUUGUGAAACACAAGGAAAAACAAUGAAACUUGUCAGUUGUUUUUGCAAGUAGAUGAGUGGUGAUAUCACUGUUCUCUGGGUGAACUUUAACAUGGGACUCCCGGCACUGAACUUUAAAUCUAAUGGUCAUAAAGUCUGUUUUUGUUUAUUUGUUUUAGCUGCUAUCAUGCAAAUGUUUCCUGGUUUUCCAGGAUUAUACUGACUUUCUCAAAUUAAAUUCUUUAAUAAUGAUUUUCUUGUAUUAUAAAUCUAUUUCCUUAAUCUCUUUUAAUGUGAAGCAAGGAUAAACUGAUUCUUUUUGACCAAGGCCAUUUAUUAUACUGAAAGUAGCAAAAUAAAACAAACAUACCGAAGGGCCGUUUAUUGGACACGUAAAAUGAUCGCAGUCGAUUCCUAAGAUUCUCAUGUGACUGCGGGCAGUUUUGCAAAAUGCUAUUCUAGUAUUAUCCCAAGUUUUCCAGACAUUUAGAUAACAUAUUCCAGCUAUGUUGUCUAUAAUCGUGGGAGGAAGAGGUUGUUGACUGGUGGUUCCCAUGACCUUUGACCUACUUACACUGUGUCAAGGAUUUUUGAUUGUAGGCUUACUGUGGAGGUUCAUAGAGGGGCUCUUUGGCUUGCUUCUUCCAGAUGUCCCAUUCGCCCACUCGAAUAUACGUUUGUUUAUCUUUCAGCACAGAUGAAGUACCAUUCCUCUGAUGCAGGUCUGGAGAUUCCUACACUGAACUAUUGCAUCUACUGAGUCAUUGACCUCUAACCUUUCACCUCUGAUAUUUUCUUCUCUUCACCCAAUUGCCUAAUGAAAAGCAGAUUCAGAAUGUGACCAGCCUUCCAUGCUCUCAGAAAGUGAGAGUAUGUCCAUUUCAUUAUACUUAGACAAAGUAAAAGACUAGUAAAAUAUAC